UUUGUGUUUUGUGAGAAUGUUUAAUUCUAAUAACUUUAAAUAAACAGAUUCUAUUGCAUGAACACUUUUGUAUUUUGAGAUUUUUCAAAUGCAAUUUUUAUAAAUAAUCAAUAAGAGUCGACACCAAUCUUAUUAGUAUUUUCAAUGAUUUAAAUGUAUACGACAAGACGCUAAGUAUUCAAUGGUUUACAAAAAUAAAAAACAAUAGUCAUGACAACAGUGGGGAAAUUCGACUGCGUAUUUUGCAAAGAAGCAUUCGACGAUAAAGAGACAUUACAAAUACAUUUCAGAAAACAUGGUGAUCCAAAGUUUGAUCUCAGCACAAAAACUCUCAAAACUCGAUCUCUAUUUGAAACUGCACUAAUGGAGAAGACUGGUGAAGAAAGUGAUAUGGUUGGCUGCGACGUGUGUGAGGAAGUAUUUCUUACUAUAUCAAAAGCUAUUACCCACAAGCACAAGGCACAUCCAGAUCACGACUCUAAAUAUUUCUGUCCAUUUUGUGGAAAGCUCUUUACUAUGAAGCAUUUACUGAAUAAGCACAUACAAUCAAGUCAUGAUGCUGAAGAGUUAACAGUCUCGAAGGACUUUCACUGUGACAUGUGUCAGGUUACAUUCACUGUACCAUCUGCCAUGCUGUACCAUAACAAGUUCUUUCAUCGGCAAGAUACAGAAAUACCUGUUGGAGCAUCAAAAAAAGUUAAACUGUUCAGUCAGGAAAUGCUACAAAUUUACUAUUGUUCAUUUUGUGGAGAAGAAUUCCACAACAAAGUCAAUUUACAUAAACACAUAGGUGAUGAUCACUGCGAUGAAAACCAAAGCCCAAAUGAAGUAUUAAGAUGCCCCCUGUGUGAUGCAAUAUUCUAUCACCUUGAUGCAUAUGAAAUACAUCUUACAUUCCAUUCAUCCGAAGACUUGUAUAGUGAAAAAAAUGAGCUUGCAGCCCACAUCACAGAAUUUUCACUAGAAACAGUUGCACCUAUAAUGGAAAAUGUUGAGGAAGAAGAUUCUGCAAUACUGCCAAAGGAGGAUAAUAUCAAUUCAGAUGGAAUUAAUAACUUUCUUCAACUAGUUAUGGGUGAUCAGAGUGACAAUGUUUCUAUGGAAAAGGUUAAACAUAAAAAACAUAAGAAACAUAAAAAAUCAAAGAAAGCUUCAAUUACACUUGAUGAAUUUCUGAAUAUGAAUAAAGAUGUCUUUGGGGAUGGUCUUGGGGAUGUGCAGGGCAUAGAAGAAGUACCCACGCAAGUGGUUUUAAAAAAAGUUAAAGGUAAAACCCAAAACAGAAACGAAGCCAAAAUGGUAAAUGCAGAUAUAGCGAAAUUGAAAAAGCAAGGUAUUGUUGUGAAAACUAAACCCAAAAAUAAUACUUCUGUAACAAAUUUAAACAUUACUAAAGCUAAACAACUGAUCAGCAGCAAUGUCAAAAAUAAAUCAAAUAUGUUACAAAAAUCUUCAGAUGAUAUUCUAUCUAAAUUGUUGAACCAAGGAAAUAGCCAAAUAAAAAUUGUUAAGAAAUCUGCUUCGCAAAGCUCUGGUGGCGAAAACGACGACACGGACGUCUUAUCAAAUGCCAUUGACGAUCAAACUGUGCAAAAUAGCUUAACUCCAGACACAGAUGUCAAAAAUUACCAGGGUGAUUCCAAUUCAAAUAUACCAGAAACGCCAUUAAGUAGUUGUACACUUGCGUAUUCCGAAACAUCUGACAGUGUUAAUGAAAUCAGAAAUGAAAAUCAUGAUGAUAUACCUAGGAGUCUUGAUUUUAACGAAAAAGACAUAACGUUAGACAAGCAGUAUUCGUCGGAGUUUAGUGAAACUAAUGAUAAAGUGUCCAACUAUGAAGACAAUAGUAAUCCGGCGGAUAAUAACAGACUUUCGAACUUUAGUUAUGAAAAGCCUUUAAAAUCGCCAGAGAAAACAACACCUAUAAUGGAAAAUCAUCCUAACAAGGAAGAGAACGAAGAGGUAAAUGAUCAAACACAUAUUUAUAGUAAUAAUAAAGAUAUUGAAACUAGCUAUGGUAAUAAAACGCCAUUAAGUGCGUUAAAGCAUUUGAGCCACCUCAUUACAGUCAAACCAUUAGCGAAUCAAGGGAAAGACACUACUAAAUCUAAUAUAAAUGAAGAAACAAAAACAAAGGAAUACAACGCUGCAGCUCACGAUGAAUAUACAUUAUCAAAAAACAUUCGUUCAGUACAAAAUAACCCUUUAAAUAAGCUUUUGCAGUCUUGUGGUCAAAUAACUCUUAAGAAACCAAUGCAGACACCUUCAACUACACUACCCGCUAUACAAGCUGACCCUGACUGUAACGCCGAGGGCCUGGACAGUGAUAAUUUCACUUUAGAAAACAAAACUGAUCAUACAAAUACAAAUAAAAGUAUGAUGAAAAUGAAAGAAGUAAAGCUAGAAUUAGUACCAUUAUCGCAGUCUAUUUGUGAUAUGUAUUUAUUGAAAAAACAUAAUACUAAAGGGUCAAAUGCUUUCGCCACAGAACAACAGACUACGAAAGAGCACAAAGAAAGAAAGGUUGACAGUCCUGAAGCACGCAAUUUUGAUAUUUUAAAACGACUUCCAAACCUAACAGCAAAACCAAUGAACGUGGCGAAAGCUGUGCAUCAACACGCGACCAGUGUAAAACCAUAUAAAAGUUUUGUCCCUCAAGUUAAAGGACUACAAACAAAAACAAUGAGCAAAGCUAUAGAUGAAGAAAUAGAAGUAUUUAAUAUUGAUGAUUCUGAUGAUGAGAUUCAAGAAGAUGCUCUCAACAAUGGCUCUGAAGUGAAACCAAGUGGUGCUGUUUCUACGGAUGUUUUAAAAAAUCUGUCAAAAAAUAUAACAGUCAAAUCAAGUGAAACCAAAACUAUUCCUAGUACUGUUAAAAAUAACGUUCAAACCAGUGGCAUGCGGUCAGAUUCUUACUGUGAAAGUUACACACAAAUUAAACAGUCAAAAGCAAUUCAAAAAAGCAUAAAUUUACAAAAUAAGUUAAAAACCUUAGGCAAUAUAACUGUUAAAUCUAGUAAUUAUCCACCUAACAUUUAUAACAAAGCCUUGGAAGAUUAUGAAGACGAACAGCAUGGAAGCGGUUCAGAUAGUGAAAAUAUAGGUAGAGUAAAAAUUACAGAAGUAAACGAAGACUAUAUGAGUGACGGAGAUUUAAACGAUCACCACCCAAACGCUGUAAUUGAAUCUCCAAAUGCAUCAAAUAGUGAAAACGAGGAUAAUCAUGAAGAAUUUGAUGAUGAUUUACCAGAUUUUGAAAACCAUAUUAAAAUGAACACAGUUAAGAAAACUGAAGCACCAGUUUUGAAAAAGACUUUGCCCAGCUUAAAUAAUUUAAAAAGUUUAAAUAAAGCGCUUACAAUAAAAUCAAUAAAUACAAAGAAUGCAGAACAAGUGACCGAUCCUGCUUCUAAUAAGGAAGUGCCAGAAGAUCCGAGUGGUAAUACACAUGAAAUGGCCUUAAAGCCAUACAGACCAAAUGUUACGCAAAAUGAACAGCCCGUAAGUAAAAACGUACAGCAAACAAUUGGAUCAUCGAAUCAAACUUCACUCAAUCAAAAAGUUAAUGCAGCAUCAAAUCAAGUCAACACUGUUAAAACUGUUAAUACUGUUAAAAGAUUUCAAUCUCAAACUGUUAUUGAGGAAAUCACAACAACUGUGACAAAAACUAUAAGGACAGUUAAUUCAUCUUCAAACGAAGUAAUGCAAUCCACAUGUCAAAAUACACCGAAACCUAUAACUAGGCUUCCAACAAAAAUUAUAAACAAACAGCCUGGCAGAGAAUUACAGGGUACAGCAAUAAGACACGUAUCACCGACGAUCGGGACUAAGAUUAGAAAUGCUGUACCUGUUGCAAGGACGCCAAACGCAACCAUCGUAAGACCACCCAAUCAACUAGUACCGGUGCGGUCCGCGUUCAAUCGACCGAGACUUCCUACGCCUAGCACAUCUGCAGUGCGAAAGGUCGUUCCACCUAGAUGUAGUCCACAAAAACCUACGAUAGGAAAAUUAAAAAUUUCUCCUCAUGCUUUAAACCAGACAAUAAAAAGACCUUCCGAUGAAGCAUUCGGUCAUUUUUCUACCUUCAAAAAACCUAAAGAUUUGAUCGCAACGCAAGACUUGCCAGAAUUUAGUGAUGACGACUCGACGAUGCAUUAUUCGUCGAAUUCUCAGAGCCGCUCUGACUUCUCGAGCGUAACAAAGAAAGCUAAAGGAAUAGUUACAGCUACGCAAACGAGAUCAGAAGUUAGUACCAAUUCUCAGCAACAAAUUAAUAAAGUUACGGGGACAGCUGUGCAGAUGAGGUCUGAAGUUUGCAUGAGCUCUCAUCAGCAACUGAGCAGAUUAAACAACAUGUCUGGUCUGAAAGUUGUGAAAACAAGUUCAAAGCAAGCAAUGCAAUCUGAAGAAAGGUGUGAAAUGAGUCCUGGUAAAAGAAAUACAUUAGAAGCUAUCGAAAAAUUACAAAGACAAGGUUUAUUAGUGAAAAAACCGCGACUAGAAGAUCAACACAAUUCUUUCAGUGAAAGUGAUGAUGAGAUUGGUGAAUAAUGCUUGGCCCAUCACUAAGCUAGUUAGUUGUCUUGAUAGUUUUUGUACUUUUAUUCAAGGUUACCGCCGGUUAGCGACUAUCGGUCACCAUAUACACAAUAUCUGAUGUCAACCCAUAUAUUUUGUGUAAUAAUUGUUGGUUUGAAACCUCUCAGAGAAGUUACACGAUAUUUCAGCUUGAAGCGAUUCGUGUUAGCCAAAGUGCACAUUGGUACGCCUAAUCUUUUUCUUAUGAAACAUACAUUGUUUCUAACGUAUGUCUACGAUGGAAUAUCGCCACACAAAGACUUGGAGUAUUAAGUCUAUGAGUCAAGGUGUAAAGCGAUAAACGUUAUAUUAUGUAAUUGUAGCGUGCUCGAAGAGAAACUUCUAUGUUUACCAUUCGAUCCUUUAGAAACAAUAUCGUCAAUUUCUUGUUAUGGGAUGAGGGUAUUUUGUUUCAAAAUUAAAGGUUUGACUCAGCUGUAAGCAAUUACUUAGUUACUGUUGUAAAUAUAAUGGUACCAGUGUUCGUAUUUAGUUAUAAGACGAUGCGCACCUUCGCAGCCUUGGUCCUCCAGUACUUACGUAGCUUGGUUUGCCAAGUAGCUUCCGACGGUAAAAAUGACAAUAUUUUUUUUUCCUAUAGACGGUUGUUGAAUGAAUGAAUAUUUUAAUAUUCAUUUAAUAAGUCUAGUUUUUAUAUUUUGCAGUGUCAUGUACCCAUGACUCAACGGUAAGAUGUUAUGUGUGUAUCUCUGUUUUGCAAUUUUAGUUUGGUUUCAUGUGUAUCACCUCUGUUCUGUGAGUUGUUUACCAUUAUAACCAAACUUUGGGCGAGAAAUAUAGUUUGUUUUUUUUAAUAAUCAUUAAUGUCUCUUGUCAUAGCGAUAAAGCAAAACUUACUUUUAUUAUGUUUAUUAAUAUUAUUUUUUUCCAGUUAUGUAAAUAUGAAUUGCUUUCGAAUAAAGCCUAGCAUGAAACAUGUAACCAUUUAUGGUUGUGUAAUAGCAACCGGUGGGUCGCUCAUAACAUUACCAUCACUCUCGCCCUUUAUUGUAUAUUUGAACUAAUACUGGAAUAGUGUCAGUUAAUCCGCAAGCAUUAGCAUCCGAGUGCCAAGUAUGAGAUUUUCUACCUACGUUUACUUAUUCGAUAGCGUACGAGUUAACUACGAUUUAGAUGGUAUCGAAGGAGCGCCAUUUAGUUAUAAUACCGGGAAAAUAUGCUGCCACUAGAUGGCGCUCUUUGCACUCUGUCACGUCAAGGUCGCUAUUAUUCUACGACAAUCCCCGAUUACAGUCCGCGCACGAGCUCCGAGGAAUCUUAGUAACGUUGACGUAAUAAGUUAGUAAGCUAGAAUUGUUAUAAAGUUAUUCAUAGUGUAGUACAGCUCGUCCGGGGAACAACUACCACCAUACCUAGUUCAGCAUUGUUGCAAAUUUGCAAUGCUGUGUUUCGGUCUGAAGCGCACGGGUUCCUUGCACGCUCUCCAAGUAUUGCUCCAUCGGCGAUCGUUUACCACUUAUCAUCAGUAUUCAUCGGGUGGGUCAUUUGCUUUUUCCGUCAAGUAUCAGUCAAGGUCCGUUAUUGUUACACAUAUUCGUCAACGUCGCCACUGGUACCGUGUGGAUGGGGGGUAAAAUGGAGCGAAGUCAAUCACAACCGCCACCCCAGCCCUAGAUUCCUCGAAGCUCGCGUUCGGACUCAUUGUAUUUGUUACGACUCCGAUGCUCUAUUGUAUGCUUUUGGACAUUUCACUAGUUUAACAGUAUUGAUCAAACAAGUUUAUGUUUGUCCAAAAACUACCUUGAGAAUGAUUAUUUAUCUACUAAGAAUAUUAUUUUGUGCUGAGAAGUUUUGUAAUUCGACCAGAUUUUGAAUGUAUAUAGUGUUUGUGAUUUAGUGAAUACAUAAUGAUAUAACAUAAUAUUAUGUAUUGGGUAAAUAUUAUAAAUAAAGAAAGAAAAUAUUGGGUUGAUAGAAAAAUCCAUAAAAUUCAUUGAAUAAUUAUUAUUGUUCCUAAGU